AUGAUCUCAUCAGAGGCGCCUCCUGCUGGCGCAACUCCUGAUGUCAACGAGCUGACAGAGAUGCUCAGUCAACUCUACACCGCCCCUACUAGCGAGGAAUGCGACACAAUUGCCCGGGACAUGGCCAACAAGAUCCUCAAGGAUGGACUCAUCAGCCUUAAGACCUACAACAUCCUCACCAACCUCCAGACAGAGUCGACCAACAAAAAGUCAGGUCUCGCUCGCGAAGGUGCCUUGAUUGGUAUCUGUGCUUUGGCCGAAGAGAUCAAGGAGCCCUCUGUGCCCUUCUUGCUGCCCAUGCUGCCAACUAUUCUGGAUCUCUAUGCGGACAAGGGACCUGUUGUUCAGGAUGCUGCUGCGCGUGCUGCUGAGGCCAUUAUGGCCCUUAUGCCUUCCCAGGCAGCGCCUAUUAUCUUACCGAUCCUCAUUCAGAACAUCACGGGCAUGGGCAAGAAGUGGCAGACCAAGGUCGGCGCUCUUCAGCUGUUGGCGGAUCUCUCGAAUGCGUCCCCUAUCCAAGUCGGUAUUGCCCUGCCCGAGAUUAUCCCCAUCGUCAAGGAUUGCUUGUCAGACACCAAGAAAGAGGUCGCAGAACAGGCCAGCAAGACUAUGCUGCGCAUCUGUAACGUGGGAGGAAACCCCGACAUCACGCGACAUCUCAAAGACCUCUGCGACUGCAUGGCCCACCCGGAAAAGGUACCCGCUGUCAUGGAGAAGCUCUCCGCCACCACCUUCGUCGCCGACAUGUACGGUCCUGCCUUGGCCAUCAUGGUCCCUCUCCUAGUCCGCGCCCUGAACGAACGCUCCUCCCAUGUCCAACGUCAGACCACCAUCAUUGUCGACAACCUCUGCAAGCUGGUCAAGGAUCCCGCUGAGGCAGGUCAGUUCUUGCCGGAUCUGCUGCCAGGACUGGACCGCAUCAUCGACGUUGCUGCUGCACCCGAGAUUCGAGCCUUGGCAACCGCUGCCCGCAACACUCUUAUCAAGGCGGGAGGCGCCACCAAACUCGAUCCUUCUGCGCAGGACAGCUCGAUCGUGCCCACGGAGACAGAGGCCCGCAAUUUGGUCAAUCGAUCUGUGGGCAAGUUUGGUUUCUUUCCCUCGUUCUUUGACGCCGUCAAGGUUCACGUCGCCAAUUUGUCGAUUGUUUUGAUCAAGGAGGAGAACCUGUCGUCUCGCGAGUGGAAUCAAAUCUUGUCACCCUACUUCACAGCAUUCCUCCCUCCAUCGGAUGCGUCUGCGGCAGUUAAGGUCGUUCUGGACCAUUACGUCGAUUUGGAUCGCAAGCUGAACGGAGAAGGAUCAGUCGAAGACAACGAGGACGGCGAGGAGCUGUGCAACAUUGACUUUUCUCUCGCCUACGGUGGCAUGAUGCUUCUCAACCACACAAAGCUCAGGUUACACCGUGGACAUCGCUAUGGUCUCUGUGGUCCCAACGGCGCUGGAAAGUCGACAUUGAUGCGAGCCAUCUCCUUGGGCAAGCUGGACGGGUUCCCAUCGUCAGAUGUCCUCCGCACGGUCUUUGUCGAGCAUGCUUUGCAGGGAGAGCAGGGGGAGAUGAGCGUUGCUGAGUUUGUUGCAUCGGAUGCCAAGCUGGCCAGUACUUCUCAGGAGGAGAUCUCCAAGGCAUUGGCGUCUGUCGGGUUCUCGGAUGAGAUGCGGAAGAACAAGGUUGCGUCCUUGUCAGGAGGUUGGAAGAUGAAGUUGGAGCUAGCUCGCGCGAUGUUGAUGAACGCCGAUAUUCUGCUGCUGGACGAACCCACCAAUCACAUGGAUGUCACCAACAUCAAGUGGCUGGAGGACUACCUUAUCAGCCAGACCAACGUCACCUCCAUUAUAGUCUCUCACGACUCUAGUUUCCUCGACAAUGUGUGCACCAACAUUCUUCACUACGAGCGCAAGAAGCUAAAGAUGUACAAGGGCAACCUGUCCGAGUUUGUCAAGCUAAAGCCCGAGGCAAAGUCGUACUACACUCUGGCAGCGACAUCGGUCAAGUUUGAGUUUCCCAAGCCCAGUUUCCUGGUCGGUGUCAAGUCCAACACCAGGGCGAUUAUGAAGCUGGCCCACUGCACCUACACCUAUCCAGGCAGCACCAAACCGUCGCUCUUUGACGUUUCGGUCCAGCUGUCGCUCUCGUCACGUGUUGGAGUCAUUGGUCCCAACGGAGCAGGCAAGUCGACGAUGAUCAAGCUGUUGACUGGAGAGGCAUCUCCUCAGGAGGGCACUGCGUGGAGACAUCCCAACCUUCGUAUCGGUUACGUGGCCCAGCACGCAUUCCACCAUCUCGAGCAACAUUUGGAAAAGACACCAAACGCAUACAUCCAGUGGCGAUACCAGGGAGGAGCAGACCGAGAAGUCCUUGAGAAGCCUACUGUCGCGAUGUCAGAGGAGGAGGAGAAGCAGAUGGAGACUUGGGUGAUCGGAGGAGAUGGAAGCAAGCGUCAAGUCGAGGCGAUCAUGGGACGACAGAAGCUGAAAAAGUCGUACCAGUACGAGAUCAAGUGGAAGAACCACGUGCACAAGUUCAACACCUGGAUGCCUCGGGACCGAUUGCUUGAGCUCGGAUACGAGAAGCUGGUACGACAGUUCGAUGAUCGUGAGGCUUCGAGGGAGGGACUGGGCUACCGUGAGUUGACACCAUCAAGUAUCCGUCGGCACUUGGAGGAUGUUGGACUGGAUGGCGACAUUGCAGACCACAACGUGAUCAGCGGACUGUCAGGUGGACAAAAGGUCAAGGUGGUCAUUGCCGCCGCUAUGUGGAACAACCCUCACAUGCUGGUCCUGGACGAGCCUACCAACUACUUGGAUCGUGAGGCUCUUGGAGGACUGGCGGUCGCAAUCCGACACUGGGGAGGAGCUGUAAUUAUGAUUUCUCACAACAAGGAGUUUUUGAACGCGUUGUGUCCAGAGACAUGGUCGGUCAGUGCAGGAAAAAUCACGAUCAAGGGCAAAGCUGCUGUUGAGGAUGGCAACUUUGAGGAGGCAGAGAAACCGAUUGUUGUUGUGAACAAGAAGAAGAAGAAGAGCCGGAAUGAUAUCAAGGCCCAGGAGAUCCGUCGUCGUCUCCGUCAUCUCGAAUGGCUCGCCUCCGACAAAGGCACCCCCAAACCCCCUGACACGGAUAGUGACUAA